AUGGCGUUUGGAGACAGCCCUGAGGUUUGCUUCUUAGGACGAUCAAAUGUUGGCAAAUCAUCUCUUCUCAAUGCUUUGCUUAACAACAAGAAUGCGGCAUACACCAGUUCGAAAGUCGGGCGAACUCGGUGUAUGAAUGCAUUUGCGAUUGGAGGACAUGAAGGGUCUGAAGAUAAUAGUGAUCGAUUAGUGGUACUGGAUAUGCCGGGAUAUGGGCAUGGUGGGAGGUCGGAAUGGGGAAAAGAAAUCAUUAAAUAUCUGGAGAAGAGGAAGCAGCUCAAACGAGCUUUCGUACUAAUUGAUGCCCAGCAUGGGAUCAAGGAGCUUGAUAGGGUGAUGUUGCAAAUGUUGCGGUCCCGUAAAGUCCCCCAUCAGGUAGUACUAUCAAAGGUUGACAAGAUUCUGUUCCCUUCGAAUACGAAAGGAAUCCCCGGAAGUGAUGCGCUGGAGAACAGGAUUACUGGCCUGGACAACUUCCUUCAAGAGGUUAAAGCAAUGAUCGAGGCAGUCCCAGAAUCCGAUGAUGCUGAUUCCUUGAUCGGGGAAAUACUAACAUGUACAUCUGAGAAACGUGCUGGGAGAAGAUAUGGCAUUGAUACCGUACCAACAAGAACGAUGUUUGACUGGGGAUGGGGGCAAAAAGGUGGGAUGGGUUCAAAGAUGGGAAGCGGAUCUCAAGAAUUGAUCUUUGAUCAACAUAUUUGGUACACAGUAACCUUAGGAGAAGAAGGAUUGCAGAAGACAUGA